AUGACCGCUGAAACUUUAAUAAAACCUGUUAUCCACGACAUUUUCGAGCCCGUAACAGGCACAUGGCAAUACAUAGUCGCGGACCCGCACACCAAGGCCGCCAUCAUCAUCGACUCAGUGCUCGACGUCGACCCGGCAAGUUGUACCCUGUCCACGACAAGCGCCGAAAAGCUGCUCGCCGUGGUUCGGGACAAAGGAUACAAAGUAGAGCGCAUUUUGGAGACGCACAUCCACGCCGACCACGUCACCGCAGCGAGUUACCUCAAGAAGCGAAUCGCUGGGCCUGAUUCGACGGCGCCAAAAGUAUGCAUCGGGCGGCGUGUCGAGCAGGUUCAGGAACGGUUCGGCGCGCGAUACGGCGUGCCAGACGAGGAGCUUCGUGCGGCUUUUGACCAUCUCUACGAUGACGAUGAGGAGUUUACCGUGGGUAGCCUGUCGGCCAAGGCUAUCCACCUUCCAGGCCAUACACCUGACCACCUAGGCUAUAUCAUCGGAUCAAACGUCUUCUGCGGCGACACAAUCUUCAACCCAGACGUCGGCUCGGCCCGAUGCGACUUCCCCGGCGGCGAUGCUACAGCUCUAUACAGCUCCGUACAGCGUCUUCUUGGGCUCCCAGCUGACUACCGCAUAUGGGUUGGCCACGACUAUCCCCCCGGUGGCGACGCCCAGCGCUCGGAGCCGCUGCCGUCUGUUACUGUAGCAGAGCAGACCAGCACCAACAAGCACCUUGGUGGAGGCGUGGGACAGGAAGAUUUUGUGGCCUGGAGGACCGCGCGCGACAGUCAACUGGGCGAGCCGAGGCUGAUGCAUUAUGCUUUGCAGAUGAACAUCAGGGGUGGGAGUCUGCCAAGGCCCAGUGGAUCCGGGGAUCGGAUGGUUCAUGUGCCGCUCAAGCUGAAUUCUAGUGUUGGGGAUUUUUGA